GGCGACGGAGGCAGGAGCCGCAGUCCGGGCGACGAGGGACCGGGGACUCGUGCUGCCAGCGGGAGGCGCGGCGGGAGCGGCCCACGUGCGCGCCCGCGGAGUCAGCUGCGCGCCAGGAGACGGGAAGCGCCCGCUCGGCGACCUUAUGUUUCUGCUAGGGGGUCUCUGCAGCUUCGGAAGCCCGCGACCCCCGGCCCCGGAGAGCUGAUCUUGCCCCUCCGGCACUUGGCUGGGAUGAACUUGCCGGCUCUUCUCUUCUCGAUCGGUUGGUGGACUUUGGGGCUGGUAAAUGGGAUUCACCCGGAAUGCAGAUUGCAGCUGGAGCUUCAUAAAGAGGAAAUAAAGUGCAUGGAACUUUUAAAGAAUGCCAAAACCGUGGGUUUUAAAGGGUGUGUUGGGAUCUGGGAUAACAUUACCUGCUGGCACCCUGCAGAAAUUGGGGAAACCGUGACAGUACCGUGUCCAAAAAUUUUCAGCAAUUUUUUCAGCAAAUCAGGAAAUAUCAGCAAAAAUUGUACAAGUAAUGGUUGGACAGAUAUAUUUCCAGAUUUCUUCUUUGCUUGUGGAUAUAAAGAAGUUGACGAAGACAGCGCGAUUUUCUAUGUUUUGGUGAAAGCAAUUUACACCCUUGGACACAGUGCGUCUCUCAUUGCUCUGACUACAGGAAGUAUAAUUCUUUGCCUUUUUAGGAAACUUCACUGCACUAGGAACUAUAUACAUUUGAAUUUGUUCCUGUCUUUCAUUCUAAAAGCAAUCUCUGUCUUGGUCAAAGAUGAGAUCCUCUAUUCUGGUAGUAACACAGUUCACUGCUCAGAGGAUCAACCAUCCUGGGUCGGCUGCAAGGGUAGCUUGGUAAUUUUCCAGUACUGUGUAAUGGCCAACUUUUAUUGGCUCUUAGUUGAAGGACUUUAUCUCCACAUCCUCAUGGUCAUAUUCUCUCCUAACAGACACUUCGCCUUAUAUCUCCUUAUUGGAUGGGGAAUCCCCACAGUGUUCAUCAUCGCAUGGAUUGUGUCUAGAGUCUAUUUGGAGGACACUGGUUGCUGGGAUACGAACGAUCACAGCGUUCCUUGGUGGGUUAUAAGAUUACCCAUCCUAAUUUCAAUUUUAGUGAAUUUUGUACUUUUCAUCAGCAUUAUAAGAAUUCUACUGCAAAAGCUGAGAUCGCCAGAUGUUGGAGGCAAUGACCAGUCCCAGUAUAAGAGACUUGCAAAAUCGACAUUGCUGCUUAUACCACUGUUUGGAGUUCACUACAUGUUGUUCGCGGUCUUUCCGAUUCGCAUUUCUAAUAACUAUCAGAUCAUUUUUGAGUUAUGUCUGGGAUCUUUUCAGGGCCUGGUUGUUGCAGUCCUAUAUUGCUUUCUGAACAGCGAAGUACAAGGCGAACUGAAAAGAAAAUGGCGGAGUUGGUGUUUGAACCAAAGAAUGGGCCGAGAUUACAGACUUCACAGCUCUUCUAUUUCUCGGAACGGCUCAGAAAGCAUCUCCCAGUUGCAUCGUAAUUCAGCGACUCAGUUUUCCCUCCAAACGGAAACCACAGUGAUAUAAGCCACGUGGGUGCCUGCAAAAGACUAAAGAUCAUAGGGCAUAUCGCUGCAUUGUACAGCUCAGUCAGCGUGAUAACAUUUUAUAACGUCUGUAGAGUUUUUACCCUGUUUUUGUCUACAUGUCAAAAUGUGGGGAUGGCCUAGUGCAGGUCGUGGUAUCCUUUGAGUUUAGCCUUAGAACUUGUUUUCAGCUGUAGGAUUUGUGUGUCAUUGGGCCAUAGGAAGUGGUGUGUUUUGAUGCAUUUUUAUUAGUUAUCAUUCUGACCCCUGCCAAUUCCAUGCUGAAAAUAAUUGGGAUUUACUGGAUUAAGAAAAAGAAAAGUUGUGCUGCCUCAGACCAAUGUCCCUCUAGUUCAGCAUCCAUUUUUUCCAACAGUGUUCAGCCAGAUAUCUCUAAAAAGAUCACAGCAAGACAUGAAGGCAAGAGUCCUCUACCGUGGUUGCCCUCUAAAACUUGAUAAUUUUGGAGAUGCACUUCCCCUGAACCGGGAUGGUAUAUAUAGGCAUCAUGAAUGGCAGCCAUUGGUACCCUAAUAUUUCACAAAUGUAUCUAAUCCUCUUUAAGGUCAUCUAAGAUGCUGGCCAUUGCCACACCUUGUGAUAAUGAGUUCCAUAGAUAAAUUAGGUGAGGUCUGAAGAACUUCCUUUUGUCUGUGCUGAAGUUCCUGCCAGUCACUUUCAAUUCAUCACCCUCGCAUCUGAAUCAUUCUCCCAGAUGCCCACUAAACAUAUUGCUUGCUUGUCCACGUUCUUUCAGCAAACACUUCCCCAUUUGCAUGAGGCCAAACAUCGCCAGACUUAGGACCAGCUCUGUUACAUAGAUGCAGAUCGUGAUAUCAACCCACAUUGGCAUGCUGGUCCAUAGUUUCAGAAGAAAGUAUUACUAGGCUUUGGUUCAAGGGUGGGGAACCUUUGGCUCAUGGACCUA